UUAAUUUCAUCUCUACAUAUACAUGGUACUAUAAACAUGUCGUCUCGCUCUGAAACCUCUCAAGCAGCAGCUCCAGAACAGAGUUCCCCUCAACUCUUCUCUUCUUUCUCCAUUUCCUCUCUAUGAGCAAUACCAAAUCUUGCGAAUGCGGAAUUGAAUGGAUCCAAAUUCUUCCACAAGGAGGCCAUUAUCGCCUCCCAAUUACACAGAUCAAGGCCUCAUCCAACUCUCUCGAUUCCGAUUUCGAAGAUUCGGAUCCACCACCUUGACUCUUACCAAGAUCUUGGCAUCCUGUUUGGUCGCUUUGCCUGUAUUAUUCGUGCUCUCCUUGAUGCUUCGACACCGGCCUUACGAUUGGUUACUGGGGUUGGGUGAAGCUAGAGUUAUCGAAAUCAGAAACUACCCAAAUGAUACAGUGUUCUCAUCAUUAGAAGUAGGAUUAGGCUCAGGACAUGUUGUAUUACAACCUACUGAUAAACCAAAUGACAAAUUGUUUGGUGGACUUCUUGCUGCUGGAUUUGAUGAAGCUUCUUGCACCAGUAGGUACCAGUCUUUUUUAUAUCGCAAGACUUCAACUCAUAAGCCUUCUUCAUAUCUCAUUUCCCGACUCAGAAAUUAUGAGGAUCUUCAUAAACGUUGUGGACCUAAUACUGAGUCCUAUUACAGAGCUCUUGAACAACUCAAGUCUAACCAAACAGUUGGUUCUGCAGAGUGUAAAUAUGUUGUGUGGAUAUCUUUUAGUGGAUUGGGUAAUAGGAUAUUAUCACUAGCUUCAACGUUUCUUUAUGCUCUUCUCACAAAUAGAGUCCUGCUUGUUGACCGAGGUAAGGACAUGGCCGACCUCUUCUGUGAGCCAUUUCCUGAGAAAUCAUGGUUUCUGCCCAUGGAUUUCCCUAUCAUUGAUCAAUUCGAUAGCUUUGAUCAGAAAGCUUCUCAUUGUUAUGGGAAUAUGCUGAAGAAUAGUGUUGUAAUUGCUUCAGCAGAAUCAGUCCCAUCCUAUCUAUACCUUCACCUAGUUCAUGAUUAUGAUGAUCAUGAUAAGCUUUUCUUCUGUGAUGAAGAUCAAUCCUUUCUUGCAAAACCCCCCUGGUUGAUAAUAAAAACGGACAACUACUUUGUCCCUUCUCUUUUCUUGAUCACUUCUUUUGAGCAAGAGCUAAGCAAAUUAUUUCCUGAAAAAGGAACCAUUUUCCACCAACUGGGGCGGUACCUUUUCCAUCCCUCAAAUAAUGUGUGGGGACUAAUCACAAGGUAUUAUCAAACUUACUUAGCAAAGGCGGAUGAGAGCAUUGGCAUUCAAAUUAGAGUUUUUGAUUCAAGACCAGGUCCUUUUAAACAUGUGAUGGAUCAAAUUUUAGCCUGUACUCUGAAGGAGAAACUGUUGCCUGAAGUAAAUAUGCAGGACUCUGUUUUCACUCUUUCUGAAAACCCAAAAUUGAAAGCUGUUUUAGUGACAUCAUUAAAUUCGGGGUACUCUGAGAAUCUGAAGCACAUGUAUUGGGAACACCCAACUUUGACUGGGGAAGUUAUUGGCGUAUACCAGCCAAGCCAUGAGGAGUAUCAACAAACAGAGAAGGAGAUGCACAACAGGAAGGCAUGGGCAGAAAUGUACCUCCUCAGUUUGACAGAUGCAUUGGUUACAAGUUCAUGGUCAACCUUUGGGUAUGUUGCACAAGGCCUUAGAGGUUUGAAGCCCUGGAUACUUUAUAAGCCUGAAAAUGAGACGACUCCUGAUCCACCUUGUCGCCGAGCAAUGUCAAUGGAACCUUGUUUUCACGCUCCUCCCUUUUAUGAUUGCAGGGCUAAGAAAGGAACCGACACAGGUGCAAUUGUUCCUCAUGUGAGACAUUGCGAGGAUAUGAGCUGGGGUCUAAAGGUGGUUGAUGGUCAUGAUGAAUUAUAAUAGCCUUUGUUAUUUGCAUUAGUUACCCCAUUUUUGCAUGCAACUAAGAUAUAAUAUCUAAAAUCUGUGACAAUACGUUAAAAUUGGUGGCACUCAAGUGUCACCUGUACAAUAUCAUAUCAUUCUUCUAUCUUGGAGUUACAUGUACAAUAUCGUUCCUUCUAUGCUCCUGUGCUAGAGUGGCUGGCUUAAUGUGCUGCUUACAAUCCCUGGAAUGUUGUACUAUGCAUUGAGAGUGUUGCCUUCUUUACUGCCUGCAAUCUCUGAAACAUAUUGAAUAGGUGCUACGAGGCUUGAGUGGAUUUUUUGCUUGCUGCUCUGCCUUCUUUUACUCCAAGCAACGUGUGAAAGAUAUGCAAUAAAUUCUACUCUCUCUGCCUUUUAUUA